AUGUCCAUCCUCGUCCUCGGCGCCGGCGAGCUAGGCACAGCCAUCCUCCACGCCUUAACAUCCCACCCCUCACGCCCUCCAAACUCCCAAAUCUCCGUCCUCCUCCGGCCCUCCACCAUCACCUCACCCGACCCAGCAAAAUCCCGAUCCAUCGCACACAUUAAAUCCCUGGGCAUCUCCCUCGAAGCAGGCGACGUCGUCACCGACUCCCUCCAAUCCCUCGCCCACACGUUUGCGAAAUACGACACCGUCAUCAGCUGCACCGGCUUCGUCGGCCCCGCCGGAACACAACUACGCAUCUGCCAAGCCGCCCUGCUGGCCAAGGUCCGGCGGUUUUUCCCCUGGCAAUUCGGCGUCGAUUACGAUGCCAUUGGACGCGGCAGUUCGCAGCCGCUGUUUGACGAGCAGCUCGACGUCAGGGCGCUGCUGAGGGCGCAAGGGGCCACGGAGUGGGUUAUCGUGAGCACCGGUCUCUUUAUGAGUUUCUUGUUUGUCGAGGAGUUUGGCGUCGUGGAUUUCAAACACCAAACGCUGCGGGCUUUGGGCGGGUGGGAGGUUGAGGUGACGCUCACGCAGCCGGACGACAUUGCCAGGAUGACGGCCGAGAUCGUGUUUGACCCGCGCGGGGUCCCUGGCCAGGGUCGGAAUGUGGUGUACGUUGCUGGCGAUACCGUCUCGUACGCGGCUGUGGCGGACAUGGUGGAGGCGCGGUUUCCCGGGGUCGCGUUCAGCAGGGACGUGUGGGAUAUGGACUCGAUCGGGGAGAGUCUUGUGCGCGAUCCUGGGAAUACCUGGAACAAAUACCGCGGGAUCUUUGGGGCGGGUAAGGGUGUCUCUUGGCCAUUGGAGAAGACGUUGAAUCACGAGCGAGGCAUUGAGCUGGAGAAUUUGCGGACGUGUUUGGAGAGAAUGGAGACGCCGGCUUCGCUCAAGUAG